AGAAAGAGAGAGAAAGAGAAGAAAAUGGGAAUUUAAAAAAAGGGAAACCGCAUCGCUCACGUUCUCCUCUCGACAACCAAAAAUCCGUCGUCACUUCCCACACAACAUUCCUCUCAUUCUACUUUUUCAGCAAAAAGAAGAACAAAAAAACAGAGAGAGAAAAUCAGAAGAAAAAUGGGCGACCCAUUACACUCCAAUUCAUCUUCAUCUUCAUCUUCAUCUUCAUCUUCAUCUUCUUCAUCUCCGCCAUCAUCUUCUUCAUCUUCACUUCCAUUUUCUCCGUCUUCUUCCUCGCCUUCGUUCGCCGAUCGCGUCCUCGCCCCUCUCGGAUUCGCCCUCCUGGUCCUCCUCGUCGCGGUCAUCUCCUACUCCUUCGCCCGCCGCCGCCGCCGCGCCGCCGCUCGCUCCCUCCGCCCCGGCGCCUCCCCCCCCGCCGACCCCGACGACGACGACGACGAGGAGGAGCCCGCGGGGGCCGCCGACGCCGGCCUCAGCGAGGCCACGAUCCUCAGCUACCCGAAUCUCCUCUACUCGAGCGCGAAGCCCCGGCGGGCGGGGAAAUCCAGCGAGUCCUGCUGCUCGAUCUGCCUGGCGGACUACGGCGACAGCGACAUGCUGAGGCUGCUGCCGCAGUGCGGCCACUACUUCCACCUCAAGUGCCUGGACCCGUGGCUGAAGCUCCACUCCUCGUGCCCGAUCUGCAGGAAGUCGCUGAUCGGCCCGUGACGGCGGCUUGUUCGCCGGAAUCGGAGGUGUGCGGCUCCGAUUCCUAGGGUUCCAGCUCCAGCGCCGUCGAUUCAAUCUGCAUCGGACCUUGGGGAUCCAGCUGAAGUGACCCAACCAAUGGCGGCGGAUGCCCACCCGACCCGACCCGACCCGACCAAUCCAGUCAAGGCCGAUAGAAGAAAGAGAAUAUUUCCCGUUUUGAAAUCUGAACUUUUGGGGGAAAUAUAUGGAAAUAUUUUUGGUAAUGAAUUUACAACGAAAAUUUAUCAAUGAAAGCUGGAAGAUUUUGUGAUGGCAA